ACUGGCCUUGUAGCCAUUUUAGGAGGAAACCCGGAUCGCUAGCCCCGGGCGCGGCUUCAAUUUCAAUAACUUUAUUGGUGGCCUUAUUCGCAGAACAGCCAUCGCACUAGUGGGUGGCCCCCGACUCGAGCUGCAGCCAUGGGAAACACCACCAGCGACCGGGUGGCUGGCGAGCGCCACGGCUCCAAGUCUUCACGCGCUGAGGGCGCCGGCGGCCAUGCGCCGGGCAAGGAGCAUAAAAUCAUGGUGGGGAGUACCGACGAUCCUAGCGUCUUCAGCCUGCCGGACUCCAAGCUCCCUGGGGACAAAGAGUUUGUAUCAUGGCAGCAGGAUUUGGAGGACUCCGUAAAGCCCACACAGCAGGCCCGGCCCACUGUUAUCCGCUGGUCUGAAGGAGGCAAGGAGGUCUUCAUCUCUGGGUCCUUCAACAAUUGGAGCACCAAGAUUCCACUGAUUAAGAGCCAUAAUGACUUUGUUGCCAUCUUAGACCUUCCUGAGGGAGAGCACCAGUACAAGUUCUUCGUGGAUGGACAGUGGGUUCAUGAUCCAUCAGAGCCUGUGGUUACCAGUCAGCUUGGCACAAUUAACAAUUUGAUCCAUGUCAAGAAAUCUGACUUUGAGGUGUUUGAUGCUUUAAAGCUAGAUUCAAUGGAAAGCUCGGAGACAUCUUGUCGAGACCUUUCCAGCUCUCCCCCAGGGCCUUAUGGUCAAGAAAUGUAUGUGUUUCGAUCUGAGGAGAGAUUCAAAUCCCCACCCAUCCUACCUCCUCACCUUCUUCAAGUUAUUCUUAACAAGGACACUAAUAUUUCUUGUGACCCAGCCUUGCUUCCUGAGCCCAAUCAUGUUAUGCUGAACCAUCUCUAUGCAUUAUCCAUUAAGGAUAGUGUGAUGGUCCUUAGUGCAACCCAUCGCUACAAGAAGAAGUAUGUCACUACUCUGCUGUAUAAGCCCAUCUGAAGGGAUCCCUUCCUGCCUCCCAGGAUUUAAGAGAAGCAUCUCCCUUGCCUUUCUGGACUGGACCAGUCUUACCAAGACUGGAAGGCUAAUUUGCUUUGAGGCUGAUAUGUGUGUUUCAGAGCCUUUGAGUAGGAUGCUCGGCUUUUGCAUUCGAUUGCAGAUGGGAGCUUUAUGAGUUUAUGGAAUUUAUUUUAAGACAAAAAAGUUAUAUAAAUAUAUG